AGCAGCAGCAUGAGUUCGUCGACCGGAAGUGGCCACCGCUCGAAGGAAGCGUCCCUGUACGUGGGAAACCUGCCACCGAACGUCACCGAGGCGAAGCUGCUGGAAAAGUUCUCCAAAGUUGGUUCGGUCUGCUCGAUCCGGAUCUGCCGGGACAAGGCCACCCGGCGGUUCCUCGGGUACGCGUACGUCAACUUCCGCCGGAAGGAGGAUGCUACGCGAGCCCUUGAAACCAUGAACACCCAGCUGAUCGGUUGUCGUCCGAUGCGAGUUAUGUGGCCCGAGCGAGUGGAGGCGCAGCCCACACCAAAGCCAAAGCAGGAUAAGAAGAAUUCGGCACCGGCUGGUGGCUCGCAGGACAAUCCUGUCGGGAUUUUCCUGUCUGGACUCAAUCCGGAAAUUCGCGACAUGGAUCUUCAAAGGAUUUUUGCCUCAUCGGGUGCCAUCGUCGAGUGUGGCGUCGGUCUGGAUGAUGCGGGAAACUCCAAGGGCUUUGGGUAUGUGCAGUUCGAGACCGAGGAAGCGGUUGAGAAGUGCUUGGAAAGGGUCAAGAGUUGGCUGGGUUCGGCGCUGACCGUGACCAAGCUGUACGCUAACGUCCACGUGUUCAACUUUGGCUACCGACUGAACUUUGGCAGCAUGCGCGAAAUGUUUGGGCAGUACGGAGCGAUCAGCGUGUAUCGAGUGGUUAAAAAGAUCGGCAAAUGCAAUGGCUUUGGGUAUGUUACAUUUAAGAAGUUGAAAUCAGCUGCCUACGCAGUUGCUGAACUGAACGGAAAGGACCUCGGGGAGGGUCUGAAACUGAAGGUCGAGUCUGCUCCCUGUCCGCCAUCGGAACGCUUGCAGUCAUUGAAGAAGGACGAAGGAGUCAAUCUGUACGUCAAGAUCAUGGAAGCUGCUGUCACCGAUGAACGAUUGCAGGAACUUUUCUCUCCCUUUGGACCGAUCAUCUCCGUGAAGCUGUUGAAGGGACAAUCCGCCGACGGGGAACGAGCAGGGUUCGUUCUUUUUGCUUCAAGCGAGGACGCAACCAGGGCAAUCGAAGAGAUGCACGGUAAAGUCGUCGGAACCGGACCUCUCGAGGUAAAGCCGGCUAUCGUGAGGAAGUUAAAGUCAACUCCGGCGCCGAAAAGCCCCCAGAAGACUGUUGAAUCUACUGGCGAUCCGAAGCAGUCUGAAGAGAAGAAUCGCGCCCUCUCCGACCGGCUGUACCUGGUGGUUCGGCAGCUUAACGCGUCGAUGGCCGGUUCGAUUACGGCCAAACUGCUGGAGAUGGACGACUUGCCCCAGCUGAUGACACAACCCGUCGCGCUCAAGGCCAAGGUGGACGAAACCGUUGUGGCGUUGCUGCUGAACCGCGAGCAGCACUUGGAGCAGAUUGAAAGCGCGGCGGCAGGAUCGGCCGCUGCCUAGCUAUCUUGAAGACUUGAUUGUUA